AUGCAUCUAAUUCUCUUUGCUUCAUUUGUCCUUCCAUUACAUGCAUUGAAUAUUCCAAUUAGUCGAUUUCGUCGUCAAGCCAAUGGUUGUGGUCCUUCGAGUCUCAAUCUCGAUGAAUUUCUUCGUGAAAUAGGUGAAGAUAUUCUCAUUGUUUGCUGUAAUGAACAUGAUUUAUGUUAUGAUACAUGUGGAAAGAAACAAUUUAUCUGUGACACGUCAUUUCUUCGUUGUAUGCUUGAAAUAUGUCAACACUUAUCGCCAUUAUCGAAUGUCCAACGUUGUCAAAAUGACGCUCGAAUCUAUUUCUGGUUUGUUGUCUUCGGUGGCCAAUUUGCUUAUCAACAAUCACAAGAGCAACAUCAAUGUAAUACAACCAAAGAGAUUACCUGA